CCGUCGUCCGACGUGAUCACAUGCACACGCUCACAUCACAACUCACAAGUGCCCCAAGCUAAUUAAGGAGCACACCUACGCAGCCGGCCGGUGGUCGUACCGCAUCAAGGCGAUCCGAUGGCCGGGAGGAAGACGAGCAACAUCGCCGCGGUCGCGCUGGUGGCGCUCCUGGUCGUGGCGGCCGCCGGCGGCGCGGCCGGGCUCUGCAACUUGGACCAGUCCGCGGUGGAACCGUGCCGGUCGUACUGCACGGUGGGCAGCACGGACGACAGCCCGACGCAGGAGUGCUGCGCGGCGAUGGGUCAAGCCGACCUCCAAUGCCUCUGCGACAACAUGGGCAUGCUGCGCUGGUUUGCCAGGAAGCAAAACAUCAGCGUCGACCGCGCCAUGAAGAUCCCAUCCAAGUGCGGCGUCCCAAACGCGCCGACCAAGUGCAAAGCCAACUAGAGGCCGGCGAGGCAGACAUGCAUGCACUAGCUACCUUAGAUGAUGCACUCUAGUUAAACGUGUUAAUUAGUAGCCACCGUUUUGUGUUAUGUUAGGUCACCAUGCCCUGCCUUGUUGUUUUGUGUUCCAGAAGUUGUGAUGGGCUGCAGGGUGACUGCGUGCGUGCUUGUGCCCGCCAGGCAGUGUACCCUCGCGUGUUUUCCCUCGUUGUGUGUCUACCUCCAACCGUGUCGCAACAAUAAUUUUUGCCACUUGUUCUGAUCA